AUGAGCGUAACGAUCGAAACUGUCGCAACCACUCCGUUCGAGGGUCAAAAACCUGGCACCAGUGGUCUUCGGAAGAAGGUAAAAGUAUUCACGCAGAAGAAUUACACGGAAAACUUCGUUCAGUGCAUUCUGGACGCUAAUGGCCCAGCUCUGGCCGGUUCCACGCUCGUUCUUGGUGGAGAUGGUCGCUAUUUCUGCAAGGAAGCUAGCGAACUGAUUGUGCGACUCUGUGCCGCCAACGGUGUACGCAAGAUUCUGCUCGGCCAAAACGGUAUCCUUUCGACACCGGCCGUAUCGAGUCUGAUUCGCCGCCACAAGGCGCUCGGUGGAAUUGUCCUAACCGCCUCACACAAUCCGGGGGGCCCAGAGAAUGACUUUGGCAUUAAAUUCAACUGCGAAAAUGGUGGCCCAGCACCGGACGCUUUCACGAACAAAAUCUACGCGUUGUCGGGUGAAAUUAAGCAGUACAAAAUUGCGUCCGUCGCGGUGGAUGUCGGCAAGGUUGGAGUGACCAAUGCUGAGGUGAACGGAAACCCGUUCACGGUGGAAGUGAUUGAUUCCGUAUCCGACUACGUUUUGCUAAUGAAGGAAAUCUUUGAUUUCGAACAGCUACGUAGCUUUGUGAGUGGAAAGUCACGUCCCGGUGGGGCACCGCUCAAGAUGCGAAUCGAUUCGAUGAACGGUGUAACGGGUAGCUAUGUGAACGAGAUCUUCAUUAAUUGUUUGGGCGCACCGAAGGAUGGCGUUGUCCAUACGACACCCCUGCCUGACUUUGGCGGAUUACAUCCGGAUCCCAAUCUGACGUACGCCAAGGAUCUGGUGGAUACGGUGCGGGCAGGAGAUUACGACAUCGGAGCAGCGUUCGAUGGUGAUGGUGAUCGUAACAUGAUCAUCGGCCGUAAAGCGUUCUUUGUGACACCGAGCGAUUCGUUGGCCGUGAUCGCACACUAUCUGGAGUGCAUUCCGUACUUCAAGCGUAACGGUGUACAGGGGCUUGCCCGAAGCAUGCCAACCGCUUCCGCCGUCGAUUGGGUGGCAGAGGCACUGGGCAAGGAAAUGUUCGAGGUACCAACCGGCUGGAAGUAUUUUGGUAAUCUGAUGGACGCUGGCCGGCUGUGUUUGUGCGGUGAGGAAAGCUUCGGCACAGGCUCCAACCAUAUCCGCGAAAAGGACGGCGUGUGGGCAGUGUUGGCCUGGCUCUCGAUCAUGUCACACACGGGCAAAAGCAUCGAGGAGAUUUGUGUGGAGCACUGGAAGCGCUACGGACGGAACUACUUCACACGCUACGACUAUGAAGAGUGCGAUUUGGCACCGUGCAACGAGAUGAUGGACACACUGGAGAAAACCAUCACCGAUCCCGCGUUUGUUGGCAAAGAAUUGAGCGCCGGUGGCAAGACGUACAAGGUGAAGCUGGGCGAUAACUUUAGCUACAACGAUCCGAUCGAUAAGUCUGUGUCGACCAAGCAAGGGCUGCGAAUUGUGUUCACCGACGGUAGCCGUAUCGUCAUGCGUCUCAGUGGUACGGGUAGCUCUGGUGCAACCGUGCGGCUGUACAUCGACUCGUACGAGAAGGAGAACGUACUGGGAAGUGCGUCGGAAAUGUUGAAACCCUUGAUUGACAUUGCGCUCGAAGUUUCCAAACUGCCAACCUUCACCGGCCGCAAUGCUCCGACUGUUAUCACGUAA